GUCAUAUUUUGAAAUAUGGCCGUUGUGCCUCUCAGCUCUCUCACUCUAUAUCUUUCCCUUUCCACUCCCCAUUUCUCUCCAAACAAAUCCACCAUUUCUGAGCUUCCAAAACUCAAUUACUCACAUACCCCCAUUUGCCUAAAACCUCUCCAAAUCAACUUUAGUUUAUCGAAAUCAGCUGAAUUUGUCAAAAAUCCUCAAAUGGGUAUGCACACCAUCACUAUGGGCACAGUGACUGAUUCCCACUACCACACCCACAAGGUCUUCCUCUUCUGCAAUUACAUUCUCCUUGGUGCAGCCUCCAGUUGCAUCUUCCUCACUCUUUCUCUCCGGCUCUUCCCGUCUAUAUGCGGCUUCUUCCUAAUCCUCCUCCACAUUUUCACCAUAGCCGGAGCGGUCUUCGGCUGUGCAGCAGCCGGCUCAUCGGGGCCUAGCCGGUGGUAUGCAGCUCACAUGGUGGCAACAGUGCUCACUGCGAUAUUCCAAGGCUCGGUUUCUGUGCUGAUCUUCACGAGAACCGGGGAUUUCCUUGGCCAAUUGAAGUCCUAUGUGAGGGAAGAUGAUGGUGCUGUGAUACUGAAGUUGGCUGGUGGGUUGUGUGUGUUGAUCUUUUGCUUGGAGUGGGUUGUCUUGACACUUGCAUUUUUCUUGAAGUAUUAUGCUUAUGUUGAAAGUGAUAAUGUUGGGGCUAAUAGCUAUGCAAUGAGGAAGAGUUCCAAGGUGGGAGUCGUGGGACAAGAGGAGGACUUGAAAAAUUGGCCAUGGCCAUUCCAAGUCUAAAUUGAUUGAUACUUUGGUUUGAAUGAACUUUUUUGUGGUCAUGGGCAUUGUCGUGCCACCACUGUGCACUGUGCCAUCUCUAAUCUGCGACAGGAUAUUUCAUUAUUUGUUGAUUCAUUGGAGUGUGAACUAUUAUUUAUUAUAUUCUGAUAAUGUGUUUAUCUUGUAUCAGUCUUUUUUUGUUUUACCUAUAUGAAUAUUUAUAUAUAUGGGAUUGGCCUACAAAACUGUAUUUCGUUUUGAA